CUUGUUUCCCUAUCGGCGCUAUUUCAGGGCGUACGCCGGCUCUCUUCCUUUUCACAGUAGUCUAAAUAAUACCCAAGUCUGGAACUUCUCGUGACGUUGUUGCUUACGUCACUGCCCCAUUUACGGUGCUGCUGCAGCUGUAUUGAUGGCGGGUAAUUUCUGGCAAAGCUCACACUAGUAAGUAAUAUUAUUAUUAUUAAUAGUAAGGCUGGGAGGGAUAGAGUGAUAGAGCGCUGUAUGGGGUCUUCCCAUAGCACCCAGAAUAGGCGCAGUGCUUGACCUGUGCUGUAAGGUGAGACCAACCCCCUUCUUAAGGGUAACAAUGGCUGGAAACCACAGCCAUGUCCCUUUAAAUACAGAAUUCAAACCCUUUGGAAAUGUUAACUCUGCAUUGAGUAGUAUAGAAAAUACCAACACAAGUCAGCAUGUAACUACAUGUUAACUGUGUAAUGGAGAAAGGGGUGGGGGAGGGAAUGUGUGUGUGUGUGUGUGUAUUCAUAAUGUCUGUAUAGUAUGAAAUAUUUUUGUAAGGACUUUUUGUGCGUGCGUGUCAAAUCGGUUUAUUCAAAGGGGGAAAAAAAAAGUAUGUUAAAGGAGCAUUAUUAUAGCCAUACACAAAAAUAAAUUGCAAAAAACAUUUUAACUGCUGUACAUUUACUAUUAUUUAUAAAGCGCCAACAAAUUACGCAGAGCUGUACAGUGGGUGGACAAACAAAUGCUUAAUUGUAACCAGACAAGUUGGACGCACAGAAACAGAAGUGUUGUUGUUGUUGUUAUGUUAUUUAUAAAGCGCCAUCAAAUUCUGCAGCGCUUUACAAUGGGUGGACGAACAGACAUGUAGUUGUAACCAGACAAGUUGGACACCCAGGAACAGAGGGGUUGAGGGCCCUGCUCAAUGAGCUUUCAUGCUAGAGGGAGUAGGGUAAAAUGACACAAAAAGGUAAGGAUAGUGUUGAAGGCCUUGCUCAAUUUAUUUAUUUAUUACUGGCAUUUAUAAAGCGCUAACAGCGCUGUACAGUUGGGAGAACAAUACAAUAUAAACAGGCCAAUACAAAAGGUAGAUGGCAUUGCCCGUGAGCUUACAAUCUAAACUCUCAUGGGCAGGGCCAUCUGCCUUUUGUAUCGGUCUGUUUAUAUUGUAUUGUUCUCCCAAUUGUACAGCGCUGUUGGUUAUGUUGGCUCUUAAUAAAUGCCAUAAAUAAAUUGAGCAAGGCCCUCAUCCCUUCUGUUCCUGUGCGUCCAACUUGUCUGGUUACAAUUAAGCAUUUAUUCGUUCACCCAUUGUAUAGCACUGCGGAAUUUGUUGGCACAGUGACAGAAGGGUUAAGGGCCUUGCUCAAUGAGCUUACAUGCUCUAAUAAUGCGUUACAGCUUAUUUUAUUUGUGUACCCUUUACAGCAUGUUAGAACAAUUAUUAUAAUAUCUAUAUCUCCUUUCAAUUAUUUAGUUCUGAAAAUUAUUUGUGAGACAUUUUGUUGAUGUUCGAAUGUGUACUAUUAAGUAAUAAAAUACAACACAACCAGAUUCCCCUCCCCUUCCUUUCUUAUUUCUGUGCCCUUCCUACCCUAUUUGAUGGGUAAGAGCAUACUUGUUUUGAAUGUACAUUGUAUGCUGAAUGUUAGAUUUGACUUGUGCUCCAUACCCCCUCUUUUAACUUCUGUAUCCCUCUAUUGCAUAUUGCAAAUUUUAAUAAAAAGUGAAUAAAAAUAAAAUACAACACAUGUUCUUUUACAGUGUACUUACUGUCCCCCUGCCCUGUAACCAAGAGGCAAGACAAGUAAUUGUUUUAGGCAGUGUGCCCGCAGUAGCUGCAGGCUGAUGUUUGUUCUCUGCUGCAUUGUAAGAAAAGAAGCAUUUGGCUGCUCUUAUGUCUUUAUGAGGGCUAUUGAACAGUCAGGUAUUUUGUCUCUCAUAUUGCUUUUUUAGAGUCAAAGUAAUACUUAACCACAUAUUCCGGUUUCCUGUGUUUGAAAUCCUGAACUGUGUAAUGUCAAACAGAAUUGCUGCCAGUGAUCGUGAGAAUAGCCCGCACAUACAUCUAAAUCAUGACAAUCUACACAAAUACAGUUCUAUUUUCACACACACACUAACAUUUAAUGCAUUGUCAGUGUUUCUGAGAACCACAUUUUGCUCAUCUUUUGUUUAGACUGUCUUGUAGGUUAGACUCCUGCUUUAUUUGAGAUAUAUAUAUAUAUAUAUAUGUAUGUAUGUAUGAACUCAUUGUAUUUCUUUCCAAUUUUAGUCCAUUCCUGAUCAUACUCACUAUUUUGUCUGAGCAUUUAUAGUUUGGAUUUUUAUUCUGUAUUUCGAAAAACUAGACACAUUGUAUUACCAUUUACUUGCUUGCUUUACAAUUGAUUAUGGUUGCCAUCAAAUACUUUUGCUGUAUUCAAACUUUUUAUUUAUUUAUUUUUUUCCAAUUAGUUUACAAUGGAUUUUGGAUAAACAAGAUUUGUUGAAAGAACGCCAAAAGGACUUGAAAUUCCUGUCAGAAGAAGAGUACUGGAAACUGCAGAUAUUUUUUACAAAUGGUAAUUCCUUUUGGGAGGCUGAAUUUAUUCUGAUCUGUCUGUCUGUGUGUGUAUAGUGUACUCUAUAAUACAGAAGUGGACACACAGAUUACACCUCAAAAUCUACUGGGCAACAAGUUAUUGAACUGAUAUAUUCUAAAAUAGGGUGUUCUGUAUAGUUUAUGAAUCACUUUCUAUAAUUCUAAUGACAGAAGACAAUGGCAGAUAAACUCAGUUCAUAUUUGGAGCUUUUUACUUUUCUGUCACUAUUUUACUGUAGUAAUAGUAUCCACCCCUUACACUUUUGUUCUUUGGUUUCAUUUGAGUACAGAUUCAACAUCAUAGAGGUCUCCUGAGCUUUGUCUCAAUGGAAAUAACCAAUAUAGCAUUAUGCUGACUUUUAUGUUUUGAGUGGUAAAAUAGUAGCAGUACUCACUUGAAUGUCCCUUUAUUUCUCUUCAUCUCAGGCAGAACGAUGUAAACAUAUGUAGUUUUCAUGUUAGUGUUUCAACAUAUUCUGUGUUGCAUCACACCUAAUACUAUUCUUUCCAUUAUUCUAUUUGAGUUUCAACAUUGCUACUUUUUUUUUUUUUAUCAAACAUCUAAUUGCACUUUUUUUUUUUAGUCAUCCAAGCAUUAGGAGAGCACCUUAAAUUAAGACAACAAGUUAUUGCCACUGCCACAGUUUACUUUAAACGAUUUUAUGCAAGGUGAGUUGUUGAAUUGUUUUACUAUGUGUUAAAAUGCAUUGCAGCAGAGCACUUCCUGUGAACAUUUAUUUUGUUAGAAAAUGCAGACAUGCUAGCCAAUGUAUAGGUGUAAACAUAUGGUACCUACCUUCACCUGUCACUGAACUCUUGGCAUUCAGUGUCCUUGGAGAAGGUUCCCUCGCAGAGCUAUAUAUGUUCGAAGGGGUGGUGUUGGGUGCUAUAUUGGUGUAACACCUGUGGUGCCUGAUGGCAAAAACUGUUGGAGAGGUGAUACAUAAUUAAAUGUCUGUAUCUACAGCAGAAACAGAUGUUUGAAAUGUUGAAGUUGUGGUGUGUUUUUUUUUUUUUUUUUCUUUGUUCUAUUAUACUAUUUAAAGAAGAACUGUGAUUUCUCAUAUACCGUUAUAUAUUUACUUAUCUACUAUAUUGAAGAAUUAAUGUGACUGUGUGAGAAAAUGAAACAUUGGGGGAUAUUUCAUAAUGGUUGUAGUCGAAGGUACUGAAGGUGGGGCAAUUGCAAUGGAGACCAGUGGAACCAGCAGGCACAAUCUGUUUGAGUCCUUCCCUUUUACACUUUAACAUCACAUUUUAGAGCUGAUCACUUUAAGAAAUCUACUUUUGUAUUGAACACUUUGCAAGUCAAGUAAAAUAUUUAUCAUUAUGGUAAAUGGAGUGCGUAAGGUUCACUUUAACCAAUAACAGAAGUACAGAGAGUUGUUUUUCUUCUCUCUCUGAUAUUCUGUUUGUGUUAUGGAAAUUACAUUCUGUAUAAGGGAAUUUAUUAAAACACAUCAGUAUGUUUGAUUAGCUCACUGCCUUUAAUUAUGCGUACUUAUUGGUUUAAUUUUAAAGAAUCUAUGCUUUUUUCUUCCCCUCUUUCUUUUCCCCCAGAUAUUCAUUAAAAAGUAUAGAUCCAGUAUUAAUGGCACCUACAUGUGUGUUUUUGGCAUCUAAAGUAGAGGUACGUCAAACAUAAUGGUUUUUUAAAUAAAUGAGGUAUAAAUAGUGGCACAUAGUUGUAGCAAGUCAGGGAAAGAACCUGAGUAGUGUAGACUAGUGGUUUCCAACCCUCUUUGGAUCAAGGCACUCAUUAGUAAGAGAUAAAUUUCCCAGUCAUGACUUCAUUAGCAUACUUGAAACCUAGCCAAACCAAGCCAAACCAAUUUUAAUUGCCAUAUUCAAUGUUGAGUAUUAUAACUAUUAUUUGUAUUUAUUUAUUAUAAUUAUGGAGUGCAUUCAACCUAUUACAGUCUAUAUUCUAUAAUCGAAUAUAGACACAUAAAAACUGCAUCCAGCAUAAAUAAAUAUCCCCUACAUACUGAACUAAUCCCACAGACUGUAAGCUCGUUUGAGCAGGGUUCUCUUCAACCUGUCAUUCCUGUAAGUGUUUUUUAUAUUUUGUAAUUGUCCAAGUCAUAGUUAAAUACCCCAUCUUAUAAUAUUGUAAAGUGCUACAGAGUCUUUUGGGCACUUUGAAAUGUAUACCCCUUCAAUGUUUGAAAUCUUAAGGGCUGAAAUGGUUACCCUGGAUUUGAAGGAGUGCAAUAUUUUUGUAUACCUUAAUGCAGACUGUAUGUAGAUGUGGUAAGGUAAAUGAGUUAAGUGACAAUUGUCAAAUAAAUGUUUUGUUUAAGGUGUGUAUCAAUCUCUCUCACAGUCUUUACAUAUGAUAUACAGUGUCUUAGUGGUUAACUAGUUGAAUAUUCUUGAAAAAAAGAAAACAUUCUCCGAUUUUAAAAAUGGUUUUAUUAUAUUGCUAUAUCUGCCCGUAUGGGUGGGACCAGUCUGAAAUGCUUCAGAGAUGUUCUAUCUGUAAUGGCACAUCUGAUCUGAGCGGGGACCCACCAAAGGGCAGGCUAAUUGAGUUGUUGCCCGUUCUCACCUCUCUUGCUACCUAUUUUUCUCUGGUUUUAUUAUAUUAAUAUAUCAAAUCAAAUAUACAGCAGAAGGUCAGGAUUGUAAAUCUGUGUUUCCAUUUUCUGCUUUUCAGGAGUUUGGUGUUGUGUCCAACACAAGGUUAAUAUCUGCUGCUACAUCUGUAUGUAAGUAUUGGUUAUACUUGCUUAAAUAGGCAUAAGCACUGAAGGAUCAACCAUGUGUUGUGAUAUCAUUUUACUUUUGUAGUUCAAGCAUGGUUUUCACUUUUACUGCAUAGUAUGGCUUUGUGAUAUGUACUGUCAUGGUAAACCUAAUGUGCUGUUAAAAUUUUUUCUUUUUUUUUCUUUCUUUCUUUCUCUCUUUUUUUUUCUCCCCCACUUUCUAGUAAAGACUAGGUUUUCCUAUGCGUUUCCAAAGGAGUUCCCUUAUAGGAUGAACCAUGUAAGUGAACACUAUAAAAGCAUUAGUCUAGUUGAUAGAAAAAAAUAAAUAAAACACAAAAGCAAAAAAAAAACACAUUGUAGCCCUUGUAGUUUCAUGCAGUCACUGUUACAGCUACAUGUUGCCAGUACAAAAUAUUAGUCUUCUUACGUUAAAGGGACACUAUAUGCACCAAAACAACUUCAGCCUAAAGGGACACUUUAGGCACCAGAACAAGUACAGCUUAACGUAGUUGUUCUGUUGUCUACAGCCUGUCCCUACAGGCUUUUUAAUGUAAAUACUCAGACAGCCACUAGCGGUGCUUCCUGGGUUGUGCAACACCGACGUUCAGUGUCUCCACGCUCUGCUCAGAGGAUGCUGAACAUUGAUUCAAUGUAUCUUUUAGAAGAUGCUGAUUGGUGCAGUGCGCAUGCGCAAUAGCCUCCCAAUGCUUUCCUAUGGGAAUUUCUUAUCUCCUGCAAUGAUAAUAGCAUGUGGGAGCCUCCUGUGUAUUACUGGAGUUUAAUUAACAGAGCAGGAGAUAACACUGUGCUGUUACAUGAAAAUUAAAUUAUAUUUUCAUGUAGAAUGUGUGAGUCACAGCCAGCGGAGGUGUGGUUAGGGCUGUAUAAACCCUAACAAAACUGAUUGAACUCCUAAAUGGCAGUGUUGAUCAGUAAGUUGUUGUUUUGGUGCUUAGGGUAUCUGUUUAAUGUUACAAAAGAGUUGUCAUAUUUACUUUUUCACAAACAUAUUUACCUUCUAUUGAGCGAUUAUUAUUAUUUUUUUAAUCACAUAAUGACGAUUGUAUUUGCCAUUGAAGGUCAUUGUUAUGCUUCAUCAGUCAUUUUGAGACUGUUAACAGAGCUAUACUUAAUGGAGCUAAAUAGGUGCUGCAACAGUGGAGUGACAUUUUCAUCUCCUAACAGCAAAAAAUUUAUCAAAUCUUCUUACUGGGAUGUUUUUACAUGUAGUAUGCUGGCUGUAACUGUAUACCUUUUUGGGGGCUAAUCAGAAACCAAUGAAUUUCUAAAACUAAAAAUCUGCUCUGUGCCCGCUCUAAAUCCUUGCACUCCUUGUUUUAAUUUAAGGCCUUUAGUAUGCAACUGCCUUUAAGAGAAAAAUAAAUAUACACUUGUGAACAGGAAGCAAUAUGUUAAAUCUACAGAGUUCAAAUAACACAAGUCUGUAAGAAUCAUUUACUAAAGGUGGGAAUUCCAAGUGAAUUUCAAAUGUAAUGUUCAGUAGCCAAAUUGGAAGCAUAGUUAUUUCCAGAUCAGCUACUUUGACCUUACAUUUGAAAUUCACUUUAAAUUCUGCCCUGUAGUAAAUAACAUUGUAAGUCUAUAAUUUUACACGUUGAAGGCCUUCCUUGUGUUAUUCCCUCUACUAGUUUUACCAUGUCUUUUGAUUCCAAACAUUUUUGAGAGUGAUUUACUACUGUGAAAUUUCAGAAUUCAUAUCCAAGGGCAAAACAUCAACUUAACUGACUGAGGAUUUUGUUUUCCAAAUUCAACUAUUUUGGCCUAAAAUCUGCAUGAUGAAUUCAAUACAAUUAACAAUUAAGGUGAAUCCACCACAGUUUAAAAGCUACAUCUCUUUAUCACCAUGGUAACAAGCUGUUGGCACAAAAAUUAAUAUGUUGGAUAUAGCUGUGUUUUUUGCUGUUAAAGAAAUUGCACUAGGUUGCUCUAGUAAUGCCACCAUUUCAAAAUUAGCCAGUUUAAUAUAAACCUCAGUGUUUGGCGUUAUUUUUAUGCAGCUAUAUCAUGUGCAAAUAUUUAAUUUAUUUUUGCUUUCUUUGUGCAGAUAUUGGAAUGUGAAUUCUACUUGUUAGAGUUAAUGGUAGGUAAUCUAUGUAUACAUUUUUAUCAGUGUCCUGGGAGUUAUGAAUCGUAUUAGCCAAAGUUCCUUUCUUUCUUGUUGGAUUAUAAACCAAAAUUCCUUUCUCUCUUGGUCGGAUUAUUUGAAGACAUGUUUGUGUAUAGAGUUAAACAAGCAAUCGCACAAAUUAGAAUUUAUUAAUUCCCCCCCCCCCCAUCCCUCAAAAGCCCAGACAAGACUCGUGCAGUAGUCAAAAUUGUCUCGAUCAUAGAAAAGGUGACUGCUUGUUACCAAAUUGCAGCAGACCCUUUCUUUUGAUAUCCACCAUGCAAUAUACAAUGUGUUUUAAGGGAAUAGUACUAGUCUUGGGAUUGCUGUUUAUAAUACAUAGUAAAAAGUCCAUUGACCAGGGGAAAUUUAGCUGUGAUAACUGUGCUAUGCCCCCCACCACCUUUCUCUCCCUGUGUGUGAAGAUCCCUGUACUACUGAAACCUGCAUUCCAUCAUGAGUGAAGUUACACAUGGGAGUGCCUAAAGGGAAAUCCUUAUUGGAAUGGCACAGAGACUGCUAAACUAUCUAGCACUGACAAGGUUAGAGAAUUAUUGCAGAAUUAGAUAUAAAUACAUUUAUUUUGUAACCUUGGUGAGUUCUAUUUAAUUGAGUUUUGGGGCUCUUUGAAUCUCAAAAAUAAAAUUGUUGCUUACUUCUAAUCCAGUGGUGGUGCGGAUUAGAGGCCCCCCUCUCCUGCCACUCUCUCUCCCCCCCCCCUUCCCAAAUGUAAGUAAUCAAACUGUUUAACAACAUACUUGGUGUCUGCUGGUUGAUAGUUAAAAAUAUCACUGUAUAACUUAAUGGAUGGAGCUCAGAGCUGUUAAGAUUGAAUAUGUCAAUUGAUGUUUUUGCAGUUUUAGCAUAAAAUGUAAGUACCCCCGUUUUGAUUUUUGUUUUAUAAAAAAAAUUACUUACUACUGUGUGUUCCUAUUUAGACUGCAAGAUCAUCAUUUGUUUCAGUGACUGACUUUGGCUAGUCAGCAUCACAUUUCAUUGUUUUACUUUUCUUUUGUCUAAUUGUAUGCAGGAUUGUUGCUUGAUAGUGUAUCAUCCUUAUCGACCCUUGCUCCAGUAUGUACAAGACAUGGGACAGGAGGAUAUGCUGCUUCCACUAGCAUGGUAAUUUUUUUACCAGUGAUUAGUUUGAGGUCUGGUUACAAGAUUUGUAUGAUGUAUUUACAAAAUCUAGAACUGACGAGAACAGGGUUAUUUACUAAAAUGAGUAUUCAAAGUGAAUUUCAAAUUUAAGGCCCAAACUGAAAGCAUGUCUGACUUGGCAAUUUUGACCUUAAAUGUGAAAUUUACUUUGAAUUCUCACUUGAGUGAAAAACCGUGCUAGUGUCUCUUUCUCAAAGUGCAUCUCCAACCUACUGCAUCGAUCCAUUAGCACAGCAUGUUAGCCUCUGUCUUCCUGAUUUAGAUUGCUCUAAAGUUAUAAUCUCAGUGAUCUAAUUUAUGCUACUUAAGAUACUGUUGGAUUUGCCAUUAUUAAACCCUGUGUGAAAGGGAUAUUUGUCAUGUCAUAACUAGAUGCACUUUGAUUAAAAGACAACUGUUAUCAAAUGUCACUAUAUAAUUAGUCGUACCUCCUCCCCCAUUUUUAUUUAUUAAUUUAUAUAUUGCUUUUAAAUCUGGCUGAGCAGCCAUAUUGGGCAAUACACUGCUGUCUGACCAGCAGUUUCCAUAAAGAGCAAUCACAGACAAGUUAAAAUGAGCAGGAGUUGGUCAGAUAACAACAAAGUGAGUCAACAUGACUGCUUAGCUAGUUAAGAUGUGAAAUUUUCUCUGCAUAGCCGGAAUUGGCUUAGGAGAGCUAAUGGGAGUUCCUGCUUUAGAACUUCUGUCCCUCUGACAGGGAGUCACAUCCAGCUAGUUGUAGUGGUUGUGGUGCUUGAGGUAUUGCUUUAUAGGGCACCUGUCAUGCCCCAAACCACUUAUGCUCAUUAGAUUGAGCAUAAGCAUUUAUCUAUACAUUGUGUUAGCGGUUUUGCUAGCAAAUAUAUAGAUUAGGAGAAAAAGAUAUUUUAAAAUUAGGUUUUUACCCUAGCUGUCAGUCAAUGCCUCGGCAUACAAGCACCAUCUAAGGAGUAUAGGAAUGACAUGAGGUCACUUCGUUCCGAUGCUGGCAAUGUAGCCAGCGUGCCAACGUCACUGACGAGAUUUGUCCUGCUUGGGGUUGCUUCAAAGAAGAACAGAGGUAGGGCAGAGGACUAACAGGAGGUAGGUUACACAAAGAGUAAGCGGUGCUGGAAUGGAGGAAAAGUAAGUCAAUCUUUAUUUUUACAUUGAAUGCACCAUGUAUCUUUAUAAUAUAUGGUGUAUUCAAUGUAUAUGGAAGCAAGUUAAGGUAAGUAAUUUAUUUUCCAUUAUAUGUUCACUUUAAAUAUUUUUACUACCAAUUUAAUUAAACAAAUUUCCUCAUCUCAUGGAAAAGGGUAAAUGCAAGUUAUAAGUGGUUUAACUGCACAAUAUGUCCAUUAUUCUUAUCCUGAAAGUGUACAAUACUGUAGAGUACUGUAAAGCUACCAUCCUUAGAACUGUCAAAUUUAAGUGAAAUACAAGUUCUCACUUUCACAAAACAAAUUGCUGUGAUCUGCAUGAUGAUGCCCUUUUUCUCCCCCCCAGGAGAAUAGUAAAUGACACAUACAGAACAGAUCUUUGUCUUCUAUACCCUCCUUUUAUGAUUGCACUAGGUAAGUUUGUGAUAUAUUUCUGUAUUUAGAUUGAGUAGACUAUGACUACCCUAUCUUGAGAAAAUACCAGUUUAAAAUGUUAGCAUUUAUCAAGAGCAGCACUUGGUAUACGAAAACUAAUUUUGUUCUGGUUUUACUGCAUGAACAUUUGUCAGACAACAAACUACUAGUUUAAAUGAGGCAAAUUGUUUAUGCAGGCAUUAUCACAUAGCUGCUCUAAAUGCUUGCAUUGCAAUGAGAUCAGCAUUCAUGUAUCUGAAAUCAUUUCAUAGAAAUCCAGGUUCUGUAAACAUGAUACACAUGCACAAACUAUUGACUUGUACAUCAUUGUUCUCCAAGUUUUAUAUAUGUUUGUGUGUUCUUUUCUAGCUUGUCUUCAUGUUGCAUGUGUUGUUCAACAGAAGGAUGCACGGCAAUGGUUUGCUGAACUUUCAGUAGAUAUGGAAAAGGUAUUUAUUUCUAACAGUUUCUGUAGUUCCUCCUAUAGAUCUGUGUUCUCCUAUGUAUUUCACUUUAAUACCACUGCACCAUAGUAACUGGUUGCAUUUGCUGAACUCCUUUACAAACUAUUUUACUGUAGCAUUUAUAUGAUGGAGCAGGGGGUAGGCAACCUUUGGCGCUCCAGAUCUUGUGGACUACAUCCACCAUGGCAAAGCAUCAUGGGAGGUGUAGUCCAAAACAUUUGGAAUUCCGAAGGAUGCCUAUGCCUGUGAUUGUCUUGAAUCCCAGCAUAUCAAGGGAAGGAUGGUGACUGGCAAAUAUUGUGUUGAUGAAGGCUAAACACUCCAAGCACCAUAUUUAGUACAGCUCACUGUAAUAGUUAUGGUCCUAGGAAUAACCUCCUAAGGGUGAUGUAUGUGUCUGUGUGCUGUUUGUGUGUAAUGUGUGGGGGUGGGGGGCCGUUUAUUUAAUAUCCCCCCUCCCUUCUUACCUUAUGUAGGGGGGAGGGGGAGUGUGCUCCUGCCAUCCCUGGUGGUCCAGUGGAGAGUGAACUCUAGCCCCACAGGGCUGCUGGCAAGAGCUCCCCGGGUCCUCUCCUGCCUCCCUCCCUCCUGCUGUGGUGCUAAUGCUUCCAUGCUUUCCUAUAUAGAUUCUACUGACGCUGGAUGUCCUCAUGCAGAGCGUAAGGACAUCCAGCGUCACUUAGGAGACCAAAAAUUGGUUAGCUACCAGGCAGUGUCUCUAGUGGCUGUCUGACAGGCACGAGAGGCAGUCUUAGUCCUGCAAUGUAAUAAUUGCAGUUUCUCAAAAAUUGCAAUGAUUUACAUUGCAGGACUAAGUGAGACUGGGACACUGCACCCAGACGACUUCAAUGAAAUCAAGUGGUCUGGGUGACUAUGGUGUCCCUAAAAUACAACUCAAGGCGGUCUACUCAAUCUCUCUCUAGCAGACCUAAUAAAGGUUUUUUUGUAAAUAAAGAAAACAUUUGUAUUGUAUAUAUGCAGAAAAUAUAAUCCAUUUUAUUGUAUGUGUAUGUAUGUAUGUAUGGGUGUAUAUAUAUAUAUAUAUAUAUAUAUAUAUAUAUAUAUAUUUUUUUUUUUUUUUUUCUGUUCCUAUUUAAAGAUCUUGGAAAUCAUAAGAGUUAUUCUGAAGCUUUAUGAACAGUGGAAGAACUUUGAUGAGCGGAAGGAAAUGGCUGCUAUCCUUAGCAAAAUGCCCAAACCCAAGCCUCCACCAAACAGGUUAAUCACAAACCAGUUUAUGAACUACAUGCAAUUAACUACUCCUUUGCAAGUAAAAACAAAUCUUUAGCAAGAAGCGCACUCUAGUUUAAAGCAGUGCAAUUUUUUUUAUUUUUUUUAUUUGUGUACAGACCUUUUAAAAUGUUUUAAAAGAAAUCCCAUUUUAGGUUUUAUAAAAUGAGCAGGUGCUGUGUUGGUAUUUCAGACCGACUGUUACUAUCUUUACAAUUUUGCUCCUAGAAUUGCUAUUCAUAUGCUACUACUGUGAUUCAGUGACGCCACCUGUUCAAUCACGGCCAUUCUUUCUGUUUAUAUGUCAAAAAUCUCCUUUUUAAAGUGACUAGUGCUUGCUACAGGAAGUUAAACAAAGUAGAAUCACUGUAACUCUAAUCCAUAUUACAUCAGUUUUAAUGUAAUAUGGGUGAGGGAGCAGAGAAAUGUAUAAAUUAUAAUUUUAUAAGUUUGCUGUUGUAACAUUUUUGCUUGUAGAGAUGUAGUAGGGGUAAAUACAGAACUGUUGUGAAAUGUCAACUAAGGACUAUAGCUGUGAGCUAUACAAGAACAAUUGUAGAGGUUGGAUCACUUGGAAAAUAAAAGUAGAUUAGAUUUUUUUUUUUUUUUUGAAAAGCUAGAAAACCUAUAAAGCAAUUUGUAUUUGUAUUUUAUUCCCCAUGACUGGCAAUCUUAUUUCUCAACUUCAUUAAAAUGCCACCACACUGUAUUUUAUAAAAAAUAAAAAUGUAUUACACUUGUAAAUGUCCUAGAUCUCAGGAAUAAUAUUGACUAAUCUAUUUGAUUUCAAGCUGCACUAUACUAAGCUACUUCAGCAAUCACCAGGUAUCCUAGAUCCGUUUUUUAAAUCCAGUUAGCUUGCUAGUUUUACUUGCAAAAAUCAGUGAAGGAAUAAAUUAAUCUGCAGCCAAAGCUUUAGCAUUUUUGUCUAUAAUUUCAAUUGUCUGUUUCAGGAGUGUGUGAUAUUUUUUGGCACUUAAAUUCUGUGAGCUGUGAAGUAGCUGUUGAGUAAGUGCGCUGGAUCUUGUAUGGUGUGUGUGUGUGUGUGUGUAUUCACAACAAUUAAGAAGUUCAUUGGCUUUGCUGUAGAAAAUCUUUACUGCUUUUUCUUAGUAAGCAGGAUAUAGUAUACAGGUGAUACUCCAAAAAUUAGAAUAUCGUGCAAAAGUUCGUUUAUUUCAGUAAUGAAAUGUUAAAGGAGAAAGUUAUAUAUGAAAUAGACGCAUUACAUGCAAAGCAAGAUAGUUCAAGCCGUGAUUUGUUUUAAGUGUGAUGAUUAUGGCUUACAGCUCAUGAAAACCCCAAAUCCACAAUCUCAGUAAAUUAGAAUAUUGUGAAAAGGUGCAAUAUUCUAGGCUCACAGUAUCCCACUCUAAUCAGCUAAGUAAACCAUAACACCUGCAAAGGGUUUCUGAGCAUUUAAAUGGUCUCUCAGUCUGGUUCAGUAGGAAUCACAAUCAUGGGGAAGACUGCUGACCUGACAGUCGUGCAGAAAACCAUCAUUGACACCCUCCAUAAGGAGGGAAAGCCUCAAAAGGUAAUUGCGAAGGAAGGUGGAUGUUCCCAAAGUGCUGUAUCAAAGCACAUUAAUAAAAGGUGCACAAGCAGCAGGGAUGACCGCAGCCUGGAGAGGAUUGUCAGGAAAAGGCCAUUCAAAUGUGUUGGACUUUCACAAGGAGUGGACUGAGGCUGGAGUCAGUGCAUCAAGAGCCACCACACACAGACGGAUCCUGGACACGGGCUUCAGAUGUAUUCUUCUUGUCAAGCCGCUCCUGAACAACAAACCACGUCAGAAGUGUCUUACCUGGGCUAAAGAAAAACAGGCCUGGUCUGUUGCUCAGUGGUUCAAAGUCCAUUUUUCUGAUGAGAGCAACUUUUGUAUCUCAUUUGGAAACCAAGGACCCAGAGUCUGGAGGAAGAAUGGAGAGGCGCACACACUGCAAGAUGCUUGAAGUCCGGUGUAAAGUUUCUACAGUCUGUGUUGAUUUAGAGGCCAUGUCAGCUGCUGGUGUUGGUCCACUGUGCUUCAUAAAGUCCAGGGUCAACACAGCCGUCUACCAGGAGAUUUUGGAGCACCUUAUGCUUCCUUCCGCAGAGUAGCUUUAUGGGGAUGCUGACUUCAUUUUCCAGCAGGACUUGGCACCUGCCAAAAGCACCAAAGCCUGGUUCAAUGACCGUGGGAUUACUGUGCUUGAUUGGCCAGCAAACUCACCUGACCUGAACCCCAUAGAGAAUCUUUGGGGCCUUGCCAAGAGAAAGAUGAGAUAUGAGACCGAACAAUGCAGAAGAGCUUAAGGUCGCUAUUUAAGCAUCCUGGUCUUCCAUAACACCUCAGCAGUGCCACAGGCUGAUAGCUUCCAUGCCACGUUGCAUUGUGGCAGUAUUUGCUGCAAAAGGGGCCCAAACCAAUUACUGAGUCCAUAUGCAUGCUUCUACUUUUCAGAGGUCCAAUAUUGUUCUAUGUACACUCCUUGUUUUAUUGAUUGCAUGUAAUAUUCAAAUUUACUGAGAUUGUGGAUUUGGGCUUUUCAUGAGCUGUAAGCCAUAAUCAUCGCACUUAUGACAAAUCACGGCUUGAACUAUCUUGCUUUGCAUGUAAUGGGUCUAUCUCAUAUACAGGGAGUGCAGAAUUAUUAGGCAAAUGAGUAUUUUGACCACAUCAUCCUCUUUAUGCAUGUUGUCUUACUCCAAGCUGUAUAGGCUCGAAAGCCUACUACCAAUUAAGCAUAUUAGGUGAUGUGCAUCUCUGUAAUGAGAAGGGGUGUGGUCUAAUGACAUCAACACCCUAUAUCAGGUGUGCAUAAUUAUUAGGCAACUUCCUUUCCUUUGGCAAAAUGGGUCAAAAGAAGGACUUGACAGGCUCAGAAAAGUCAAAAAUAGUGAGAUAUCUUGCAGAGGGAUGCAGCACUCUUAAAAUUGCAAAGCUUCUGAAGCGUGAUCAUCGAACAAUCAAGCGUUUCAUUCAAAAUAGUCAACAGGGUCGCAAGAAGCGUGUGGAAAAACCAAGGCGCAAAAUAACUGCCCAUGAACUGAGAAAAGUCAAGCGUGCAGCUGCCACGAUGCCACUUGCCACCAGUUUGGCCAUAUUUCAGAGCUGCAACAUCACUGGAGUGCCCAAAAGCACAAGGUGUGCAAUACUCAGAGACAUGGCCAAGGUAAGAAAGGCUGAAAGACGACCACCACUGAACAAGACACACAAGCUGAAACGUCAAGACUGGGCCAAGAAAUAUCUCAAGACUGAUUUUUCUAAGGUUUUAUGGACUGAUGAAAUGAGAGUGAGUCUUGAUGGGCCAGAUGGAUGGGCCCGUGGCUGGAUUGGUAAAGGGCAGAGAGCUCCAGUCCGACUCAGACGCCAGCAAGGUGGAGGUGGAGUACUGGUUUGGGCUGGUAUCAUCAAAGAUGAGCUUGUGGGACCUUUUCGGGUUGAGGAUGGAGUCAAGCUCAACUCCCAGUCCUACUGCCAGUUCCUGGAAGACACCUUCUUCAAGCAGUGGUACAGGAAGAAGUCUGCAUCCUUCAAGAAAAACAUGAUUUUCAUGCAGGACAAUGCUCCAUCACACGCGUCCAAGUACUCCUGGCUGGCAAGAAAGGGUAUAAAAGAAGAAAAUCUAAUGACAUGGAAGUACUCCUGGCUGGCAAGAAAGGGUAUAAAAGAAGAAAAUCUAAUGACAUGGACUCCUUGUUCACCUGAUCUGAACCCCAUUGAGAACCUGUGGUCCAUCAUCAAAUGUGAGAUUUACAAGGAGGGAAAACAGUACACCUCUCUGAACAGUGUCUGGGAGGCUGUGGUUGCUGCUGCACGCAAUGUUGAUGGUGAACAGAUCAAAACACUUACAGAAUCCAUGGAUGGCAGGCUUUUGAGUGUCCUUGCAAAGAAAGGUGGCUAUAUUGGUCACUGAUUUGUUUUUGAAUGUCAAAUGUAUAUUUGUGAAUGUUGAGAUGUUAUAUUGGUUUCACUGGUAAUAAUAAAUAAUUGAAAUGGGUAUAUAUUUGUUUUUUGUUAAGUUGCCUAAUAAUUAUGCACAGUAAUAGUCACCUGCACACACAGAUAUCCCCCUAACAUAGCUAUAACUAAAAACAAACUAAAAACUACUUCCAAAAAUAUUCAGCUUUGAUAUUAAUGAGUUUUUUGGGUUCAUUGAGAACAUAGUUGUUCAAUAAUAAAAUGAAUCCUCAAAAAUACAACUUGCCUAAUAAUUCUGCACUCCCUGUAUUAGUUUCUCCUUUUACAUUGCAUUACUGAAAUAGAUGAACUUUUGCACGAUAUUCUAAUUUUUUGAGUAUCAACUGUACUUCAAUGUUUCAGUCUUGCACAGGAGACUUUCAUCAGUUCUUGUGUUAGACUGAAAUGGUUAGGUUUGUGCUACAUCCUGCACUUUAUGAAAAAGCAGGUGGUGAUAACUUAUUGGUGUGAUGCUAUAUAUAUAUAUAUCUAGUUUAAAUGUCAAGAAAGAAUACUUUAAAAGUGAAGUCCUUUUAGCUACUGAACAAACAUAAUUUAGGACCUAUGUGUACAGUUAAAAGCCCGAAUGAAGUUGCUAAAUUGAUGGAUUGACCCAAGCUGGUGUAUCUGUGUGACUUAAAACCGUUCACUCAAAUUGUGUUUUGUGAUUGAAAGUAACACUUUUUUUUUCAUUUUGCAGUGAAGGGGAUCAGGGACCAAAUGGAAGCCAAAGCUCCAGUUAUAGCCAAUCAUGAUAUAGACCACAUAUCCAGGACUGGACCAACUGCCUAAUCCCCACUUUCUGAAUUAAUCUGUACCGUGAAAGUCUAGAAGCGAGGCUUCUUCUGAAUUUAGGAUGAAUUUUCAAACCUUGUUUGCAGGGCUGAUUUGUAAAUGAAUGUCUGUGUGAAGUAUUGUGUCUUUCAUAUUUUAAAAGGAUUAUCAAAUUCUUAUGUCUCUAAUUUUCUAGAUUUCAACCACUUUUUUUCAAUGGUAUUUAAAAUAAAAGUACAUUUAUAUGUUUUGUUAGUCCUCUGUGCUCAUUGAUACCUAAAAGGAAUUUAUUACUGAGAACAAUAGUUGUGGUUAUUAAACUACAGUAUGUGGCAUAUCACUUGUUCAGUUAAACUUAUGGGUGUCUGACUAAUGCACAAUAUUAAAUUAUUUGAUUUGGCUAGUGCACAAAUCCUCAACCAAAGAAGGUGGCUUUCCACUUCUAUUUUUACAUAAAUCUCUUUUGAAACAUGCUUUUGCAUUUCUUCAUAAUCUCUCUCUCUCUCUGUAUGGGGUCUUGAUUGAAUAGGUAAGUUGGGUGUGAAAUAAAAUACAUUUGAUCGGAUGAACCACUUCAAACUAAUUUUUUCUAUUAAAGGGACACUGUAGGAACCCAGACCACUUCAGCUCAUUGAAGUGGUCUGGGUGCUGUCUCCCU